GUCUACUCGCUAUCAACUGCUCUCUCGACUUUUCCCCUUUUUUUGCUUCUCCAUUUUAUCAUUUUCAAAUCCUUUUUUGAACUCUAUUUUGUUUUGUCAGCUGCAAAUUACUUUCCUCGAUCGAUCCUUCCCCCCACCUAUUGGGAAUUUUCAAGUUGUUUUAUCAAAAAUUUUGAUAGAGUUUUGAGCCCGAGCGCAGAAAUCAGGUCAAGAAUCUAGGGUUCGCGAUUUGGGGGGAGAAGUUAGCCAUGGAAGCAGUUUAAGAUUCUUCAGGCAUGCUUUAAUCUUGCUUGAUCAUGCGGGCUUGUGCUGCUGCUGAUGAUGGAGAUUGGCGUUCUUUAAUCGCAGUCCAGGGUUUGUUAGGGUUUUUGAAGUUUGGGCAUGUGGGUUUCGUUCGUUUGGAUCCAAGGUUGUGCGGGCGUUAUAUUUUCUGAUUUCUGGUGUAGAAGCGAGGCAGAUUGAGGUUAAGGGUUCAAGAUUUGAUUUUGAUAGAAGUCUGGUGCUUUGGCUGAGAAAUGGAGGCUAGGUUUGGGGCAGAAGCCCAUCAGUUGUGUGAGGCUGGACCUUCGAAUCUCGGGGAGAAGAGCUUGGAAUGGGAUUUGAAUGAUUGGAGAUGGGAUGGGGAUCUCUUUCUAGCUACCCCAUUGAAUGGAAAUACUACACCUUCAGAAUGUAGGAACAAGCGGUUGUCAAAUGGCUGGUCGUCCUGCUCCGAAGAGACCGAUUUUGGGAAGGGCAAAGGUGUACCGGAGAAGAGGAGGAGGAUUGUACCCAUCGAGGACGAGGAACACCAUGAUAAUGUAGUUGGUUCUCUUACUUUGAAUCUUGGGGGAAGUGCUUAUCAUCCGGUGGUGGAAGCAGACGUCGCAAAUUGGGAAGGGAGUAAUGAGAAGAAAAGCAAGUUACAAGGGGGAAGUUCAAGUCGGUUGCCUCGUUGUCAAGUGGAGGGAUGCGGGGCUGAUUUGAGUGAGUCGAAGGAUUACCAUAGGCGGCACAAGGUCUGUGAGAUGCACUCCAAGGCCAGUUCUGCGAUGGUGAAUAAUGUUAUGCAGCGUUUCUGUCAACAAUGCAGCAGGUUUCACCUUCUUCCAGAAUUUGAUGAAGGUAAGAGAAGUUGUAGGCGUCGCUUAGCCGGCCAUAACAGACGCAGGAGGAAAACUCUUCCUGACACCAGUAAUACUGCAAAUCCUGUGAUUGAUGAUCAAACUGCCAGCUAUUUGUUGAUAACUCUACUUCGAAUUCUCUCCAACUUGCACACUGAUAACUCUGACCAGUCAAAAGAUCAGGAUCUUUUGUCUCAUCUUCUGAAAAGCCUUGCCACUCUUGCUGGUUUGUUCGAUUCAAAAAACCUUUGUGAAAUGCUCCAGGCAUCUCAAGAUUCAAAGAGACUUGGAGUAUCUGCUGGGACUUCUUCGGAAGUACCAAAUGGUUUGACUCCAAAUGGUGUUGCCCCACAAGCAUUUAGCAGAGACCUGCCUUCAACUUCCAAGAUAACAUGUGCCGCUAACAGCCAUGAUCGUCCGCUCAGACCAAAUGAUCAUUCUGUAUGUGUCGCUGUACCCACACCAGAUAGUUCAAAAAGACUUCUUACUGUAGCUUCUCCUGAGAGAGCUAGGUUGAAGGAAUUCGAUUUGAACAAUGCAUACAGCGAUACAGAAAAUUGCAUGGAAGCGAAUGAGAAUUCGGCUAGUCCUCCUUCUCUGGGGACUGGUUCUCCUAUUUCUCCAUAUUUGUUGCAGGACUCUCACCAGUCAAGUCCACCACAGAUGAGUGUUAAUUCAGAUUCGAUAUCUGCACCGUCACGAUCCAGUUCUAAUGGCGAUGCGCAGAGUCGAACAGAUAGAAUUGUUUUCAAACUCUUUGGCAAAGACCCUAAUGAUUUUCCUCUUAUGUUGAGAUCACAGAUCCUCAACUGGUUGUCCCAUAGUCCAACAGAUCUCGAGAGCUACAUAAGGCCUGGUUGUAUCAUUCUAACAAUUUAUCUUCACCUAGCCAAGUCAGGAUGGGAUGAGCUCUGCAGAGAUUUAAGCUCCAACCUGAACAGGCUUUUGUACAGUUCUGCUGAUAAGUUCUGGAGGACUGGAUGGAUAUUUGCUAGGGUGCAAAACCACAUAGCCUUUAUUUAUAAUGGUAAGGUUUUGCUCAGCACUUCUAGGCUUCUGGGCAACCCUUAUCAUUUUAAAAUCGUUUCGGUUUCACCUGUUGCUGCUGCUAUUUCUUCAAGUGUUAACUUCACCGUGAAAUGUUUAAAUCUAGCUCAUUCAAAUGGAAGAUUACUUUGUGCAUUUGAAGGAAGGUAUUUGGUCCAAGAAACGACACAAGCAAUAGUCAGCAGAAGCGGGGAGCACGAAGAUUCCGAGUGCCUGAGCUUCUCAUGUUCCCUUCCCAAUGCUGUAGGACGAGGAUUUAUUGAGGUGGAAGACGAUGGCCUUAGCAGCUACUUCUUUCCCUUCAUAGUUGCAGAAGAUGAUGUAUGUUCUGAAAUCCGAGGACUAGAGAAUGUGAUAAAUGUGGCCGCAGAUGAAGAUGAAUUUCAGGACCAAAAGAAUCCGUCAAAUUCCAGAUCUCAGGCUUUGUACUUUUUGAAUGAGAUGGGUUGGCUUCUUCGGAAAAGUCAAUUGAGGAAAACACCCAAACAAGUGAAUUCUAGUUUGGGGGAUGUCUUUUCGCUUACACGGUUCAAGUGGCUCAUCUCAUUUGCCAUGGAUCAGGAAUGGUGUGCUGUUGUCAAAAGCCUUUUGGAUCUGCUAUUUCAAGGAACAAUAGCUUUAGGUGGGCUCUCUCCUAAUGAGCUUGCAUUGUCUGAAGGUCUUCUGCAUAAUGCUGUUAGAAAGAACUCCAGGUUAAUGGUAGAAUCCCUGUUAAGAUACAAGCCUGAUUCUGCUGCUGAGGAUCGUAAUGACUUCUUAUUUAGGCCAGAUGUGCCUGGUCCCUCCAAAAUUACACCUCUUCAUGUUGUGGCAUCUACGAACGGUGCUGAGAGUGUACUGGAUGCUUUGACCGAUGAUCCUGGACAGUUUGGACUCAAAGCAUGGAAGACUGCUCGAGACGUUACUGAUUUCACUCCUGAAGACUAUGCACGUUCUAGAGGUCAUGAAUCCUACCUCAAUCUGGUCCAAAAGAAAAUAGAUAAGCAAGCAGGCAAUGCUCACGUAGUCCUCAGCAUGCCCAAUACCACAUCAGCUCCCGCUACCACGUGCAAGCAACCUGACAUACCAAAAUAUGUUAAAUCCGCCGGUUUUGAGAUUGAGAAAGGCAAUUUGAAGCCAAGCCGGCAGUCUUAUUGUAAUCUCUGCAGCCAACAGAUGGUACAUCGUUCUACUAGCGGUAGAUCACUGCUUUAUAGACCGGCAAUGCUCUCAAUGGUUGGAAUCGCAGCUGUAUGCGUCUGCGUCGGUCUGCUAUUUAAAGGUCCGCCAGAAGUAUCAUUUGUGUUCCCUCCCUUCAGGUGGGAGAGCUUGGCCUAUGGCUCGAUGUGAGAGAUUUGGGACGAUAUAUUUUAGUGGCUUAGAGUGUAAAUUGGUAUGCCGAGAUUUUUAGAACAUCAUGUGCUAUAUAAUGUUAUAUGUGAUAACCAAGGGUAGCACAAUAAACUCCGUUGUUUUUCCUAGUUUAUGCUGCUGUUGACUAAUCAGGGGAUUGAGAAGGGUUGAAAGCUCAAAGAAGGAUCAGAAUGAGCAGCCAGAGAGCCUCUGCCCUUUUUUUACCUUCUGAAAAUUUCAUGAUAACGAGGACACAACAAGUGGAUCAUGCGUCGGAUUUUUUUUUGCCGGUGAAGGAAAGCGUCUUUGAAACCUUUGUACAGAAAGAUACAGUUGUGGGUAUGCUGAUGUACAUGAUUUCCUCCGAGAUAUUGGGCUAUAGCGCACAAAAAAAAAAUCAUGAA